UUUUCUUAUUUAUUAGAAAAAUAUAGUACAUAUAUAAUUUUUUAUUUAUAAUUCAAAUAGUUACUUAAUAUAGCAAACAUAAAAUAAGAUUCAAACAAAAUAAAGGUUUCAAGUAUAAACGAUAAAAGUCCUUUUUUUUUUAGUUUUAAAACUUUUAUAUACCUUUUUCUCUUCUUAAAACUUUUUCAUAAUUAUAAUUACUGUUAAAUGGGGCAAUCACCAUCUUCAUCAGUUGCAACAUCAACAAGACAUGACAAUGCUUCGACUCGUACUUUACAUUCAACAUCCAUAAAUUCUCAUCGACCUUUAUCUUUUUUAGAAGAAUCUCCAACAGACUUCAUUCAAUAUAGAGUUCAUACUUCUGCUUCUUCUAUUACUUCUUCCGUUCGUCGUGCAACACAAGAAGCUACUCAAGCAGCAGCUGCGGCCACUGGACCUCCUAACCUGCACAAUUUUUUACAACAGUCAUUAAAUGAAAGUAGUCGAAAUAGUAUUGUAUCUUCUUCAGAAUCAACAAAUGCAAGUUUUUUUAAUGACUUACUUUCUUCAGCAAAUAAUUCAUCUUUAAGAUAUUUACAAAUACCUAUUCUUAUGCAAGAAAUUAAUCAUGUUAAUGACGGUGCUUCAAUUCAUACAAAUACAUCUUCUACAACUACAAGGACAUCAAGAAGAAUGCAUAUUCUUGUUAUUGAAUAUCGGUCUAAUAAUAAUAAUAAUAAUAACACAAUGACCUCAUCACCGUCAACAACAACUUCACAACGACCCUUACAUAGAUUCUUGGGUCUAAGAAGACCGAGAUCUGAAAUAUCUACUACUUCUUCAACAGAUACCAUUCAAUCCAUGUCUAUUUCAAUAAAUUCUUCUCAAACUAACUUUACAAGACAAACUACUGCAAUAUUAAAUCAACAACAAUCACAAGAUGGACAAUGGAUUAUGUAUAUACUAAACAAUAAUAAUAACACUGCUGCUGCUGCUGCUGCUGCUAUUGCCAACAAUACAGCAUUACAGGCCUUUUCUGUUUCACUUGAAGAGAAUCCAACUUAUGAGGAUCUUUUAAGACUAAGUAAUAUUUUAGGACCUGCACGACCGAAUACAACUACGCAAGCAGCUGUUGAUGAAAUAAUACCUGUCGUAGACUGGUCAGAUGAUACCAAAAAGGAAUUAAAACAUGUUCAAUGUUUAGUUUGUCUUGAUGAAUUUACACUUAAACAGCCUAUAGAUGGUUAUGUGAAGCACACAAUUCAUGCCCUAAUACUCAUAUUGAUUAUAGGUACAAUAAGUAACUUAAAACAUAAUUACUGCUUCAAGUAA